UACGACUAAACAUAAUGUUUGUUACCUCCGCAGAUGAGCCUGGGGUAAUGUUUACCACUAGUAACUAAACAUAAUGUGUGUUACCCCACAGAUGAGCCUUGGGGUGCGGGUGGAGGUAGUGUUACUGGACGAUCGUCGACUACAGUUGAACGUUGGACCUCGCUUGUUGACCCACGAGCUCCUAGCUAUGGUCGCAUCUCACUUCAUCCUCAAGGAGAGUCAGUACUUCUCACUCGCCCUCCUCGACUCCACGGGUCACUACCAGUGGUUGUCGCACGACCGGCGGGUCGUGGACCACGACGCUGUCAGGACUCUCAACGGCGCUCCCCUCACCCUGUACUUCCUAGUCAAGUGAGUACACUCAGUAUCAUCUCAUCUUGUACACCACUGCUAAGACAGUGUAUUGGUCAUAUAUGUUCAUGCUUGUAUCCUCUUACUACCCUCUACUUCCACGUCACCUUCAUCAGCUGAGUUGAAACGCUAGUUUAUUCACAGUAAACCUCCACACUGGCAAUGAAAAAAUGAACUACGUUUCGGUCGUCGUCCAAUGUCGAUCGAAAUGUGUGGUUUCAGGGUUCAUUGCGAAUUGUUCCAGCUACGUUACUGUAAUUUUUAUUAUUCUAUUUUUGUUCAUGGUCUUCAGAGUGUACCAUCCUCUCCCUGAACACUUCACUACCAACCCCCAGCAUUGCUUCUUUCUACUUGCUCUUUAUCGUGUAGUUAGCGCGUGCCUAGCAUUCUUACAUUUCCCACCAGGCUUAAUUAAGUGUAAACUUAAAGUCCCGUCUAAUAUAUAUUUGUGAGAGGCACUACACUCGAACCUAUGAACUCCGGCGUGUGUACCUCAGGCGGAUACAGAUACUUCUGUAAGACUUACUCC